GGUAGCCGUAAGGAGGAGCAAACGUCGCCUUAGCAACGGUAGGGUUUUAGCUCAAUGAGUAGCAGCCAGGAUUCUCCUAGGGUUGAAUUAGUCGCAAAGCAAAGACGCCUUACAUUUCUAGUUAAAUGACGGAAGCCGUGAUGGCUACGAACAGCCCGUCGGUGUUUCUGCUGACAGUGAACGGACAAAUAGAGGGAGCGAACUUCCCAGAGUAUGACAACUUGUACUGCAAAUAUUGUUUUGUCUACGGUCACGACUGGGCUCCGACCUCGGGGUUGGAGGAAGGCAUCACACAAAUAACCUGUAAAGGCAGUCACUCUUCACACAAGUUAAUAUGGAACUUCCCACUUGAGACAACGUUUAAGAGUACAAACCCCUCUGGAUGGCCUCAGCUCGUGGUGAGUGUGUACGGUCCGGACGUGUUUGGCAACGAUGUGGUCAGGGGUUAUGGAGCGACACACAUUCCCUUCACACCUGGACAGCACACAAGAACCAUCCCAAUGUUUGUUCCCGAGCCCACAUGGAGACUUCAGAAAUUUACGAGCUGGCUGUUGGGACGGCGGCCCGAGUACACAGACCCUAAAGUAGUGGCCCAGGGCGAAGGCCGAGAAGUGACUCGGGUUCGGUCCCAAGGCUUCGUCACAGUCUCCUUUAACAUCAUGACUAAAGACAUGAAGAAACUGGGCUACGAUACAGGACCAUCAAGCCCGGCGAACACACAGUCUGCCACAUCUGGCUGGUCGACAGAGGAACAACCGUACAAAAUAUAAUAACAUAAGAGACUCUUUUACAGACAACUAAUUGGUGGGCUUUUCCAAUUAUUUGCCCUCAAGGAUGUUCGGUCCCCACCAAAACAAAAGCACAACAUUCAUGCUGAAUAUAAAAUUACAGUUUCAGUUGGUAUGGAAAUUCACAAUACUGCAAUGCCGCUGUGAAGAACGCAAGGGGUACACACACUCCUGUGCCUAGUGUUUUUUUUAGUAAAAUUGUCUAGAAAUGAAUUAUGAAAUUUUAUUAGAUGUAUUCAAAGUUCCAGAUAUAUUUGUAUGGUCCUGAUUUUUUCACUUUUACUAUAUUUUUUACUUUUUUAAAUAAAUGUGGACUUUGAAUGUA